AUGUCCACCUCGACUUUCUCAUCUAUCUUGCGCGUCUCACGAUGCAUUCCAAGGCACCGAUUACGCGUUUACUCUGCAAGCAGCACGGGUCCAAAUCCUACGACCAGGACUCCUAAAGUACUCUCCUCAUGUGAAGCAGAGACAGUCCUCAAGGGCGUCAAUUACCUCAAAGGGCAAUCUCCCGUGGUUGCGCUGCCCGACGAAGAGUACCCGGAGUGGUUAUGGAACGUGCUUUCACCAAGGAUAUGGCCAGACGACGGACCUGGUGGUCGGGCAGACCGAGCGGAACGGAGAAAGGCAAAUAAGCAGAAGAUACGGGACGAGAACUUCAUGUCGACGCAGUAG